CAUUCAUUUUUUCUAAAGAUGUCUCGUGUUCUUGGUUACGUAUAUACAACCAUCCUAAGCAACUUGAUUGGUCUUGCCGUUAUCAACAUCAGCUGCUGCACUGCAAUGCUUGUAAAGAUGCAUCUCCAUAAACGUAGUGCAAUGCCCUGCGUUUCCAGCAAGGUAAUGGACAACGCAAUGUGUGCCGUGCUCGCCAUGCUCGUCUGCUGCCUCGUCUUUGACAUACCUUAUUACAUUAUUUGCUGGAUAACUGAUGUUCACAACGUCUUAUUUACCGUCGCUGACAUCGUCUACGAUUCCCAGUUUUGCGUCAACCCCGUUGUGUAUACUCUCGUGAAUCACUUGUACCGCCGUCGAGUGUCCGAGGCGAUGCGACGGUGGUGGCAGCGGGCGGCGGGCGGAAGGGCCUAGGCCGGCCAUCCGGGCGACAGAGCGCCCCGGGCAGAACCCACGAGUGAGACCCACCAGACAUCUGUACCGCUGUGAGAUGACAAACAGCAAAGGACAUUAAGUGGUAAUACUUAUAUACAUACGUAUGCAUAUACACGCGCACACACACACACGCACAAACACGCACACACACGCACACACGCACACGCUCAA